CGCAGGACGCCGCACGAGCCGCGUCAUCCGGCGCCCGAAGCGCCACGAGCAGCAGCGCGAGCAGCGGCGGCCGCGAGAAGGACGGUGGGUCGGAGACGGAAGGCGGACAAAAGACGGUAAAUCUUCCCCUGUGCGUGUCGCAAAAGCUGUGGGGAGAUGAAGAGAUGACACAAGUAGGUGGAGAAGUGGAGCCCUGGAAGGUGCCAGAAACACACCUGAGUCUGAGAACAGCGCGUAGGGGCAGGAGGACACAGAAGUACACCUGGGAAGGUAACCAUGGCGAUGACAGGACAGACUUCCUGCUCCUCAAUGAGUAACCACACAAAGGAGCGUGUGACCAUGGCCAAGAUGACCCUAGAGAACUUCUACAGCAAUCUGAUCGCUCAGCACGAGGAACGGGAGAUGAGGCAGCAGAAGCUGGAGAAGGUUAUGGAUCAGGAAGGCCUGGCUGAUGAAGAGAAACGCAUUCGGAGAUCCCAACACGCCCGCAAGGAGACCGAGUUCCUGCGGCUAAAGCGGACCCGCCUUGGCCUGGAUGACUUUGAGUCCCUGAAGGUCAUCGGGAGGGGGGCUUUUGGAGAGGUACGUCUGGUGCAGAAGAAGGACACAGGACACGUGUACGCCAUGAAGAUCCUGCGCAAAGCCGACAUGCUGGAAAAGGAGCAGGUGGGCCACAUCCGUGCCGAAAGGGACAUCCUGGUGGAAGCUGACAGCCUGUGGGUGGUCAAGAUGUUCUACAGCUUUCAGGACAAGAUGAACCUGUACCUCAUCAUGGAGUUCCUGCCUGGAGGUGACAUGAUGACCCUGCUGAUGAAGAAGGACACCCUCUCCGAAGAGGCUACCCAGUUCUACAUCGCUGAGACGGUGCUGGCCAUUGACUCCAUCCACCAGCUGGGCUUCAUCCACAGGGACAUCAAGCCUGAUAACCUGUUGCUGGACUCUAGGGGUCAUGUGAAACUCUCCGACUUUGGCCUGUGCACGGGGUUGAAGAAGGCCCAUCGGACCGAGUUCUAUAGAAACCUGAACCACAGUCUGCCCAGCGAUUUCACGUUCCAGAACAUGAACUCAAAAAGGAAGGCGGAGACAUGGAAGAGGAACAGGCGCCAGCUGGCCUUCUCCACGGUGGGCACGCCAGACUACAUCGCGCCCGAAGUGUUCAUGCAGAACGGCUACAACAAACUGUGUGACUGGUGGAGUCUCGGGGUCAUCAUGUAUGAGAUGCUGAUCGGGUACCCACCGUUCUGCUCCGAGACGCCCCAGGAGACCUACAGGAAGGUCAUGAACUGGAGGGAGACGCUGGUGUUCCCCCCCGAGGUGCCCAUCUCGGAGAAGGCCAAGGACCUCAUCCUCAGGUUCUGCUGUGAAAGUGAGCACCGAAUCGGUGCCUUGGGGGUGGAGGAGAUUAAGAGCAACCCCUUCUUUGAGGGUGUGGAUUAUGACCACAUCAGGGAGAGACCAGCCGCCAUUCCCAUUGAGAUCAAGAGCAUCGAUGACACGUCCAACUUCGACGAAUUUCCCGAUUCGGACAUCUUGCAGCCCACAGACUUGCAGCGUAAAGAGCCUCUCCAUCUCUGUCCUCGACUGUCCACAGCUGCGCCUGUGUCCAACCACUCAGAGACAGACCUGAAGAACAAGGACUGGGUCUUCAUCAACUACACCUACAAGCGCUUUGAGGGCCUCACAUCCAGGGGAGCUAUCCCAUCCUAUAUGAAGACGGGGAAGCGAUAGACACAUGACCCGGCGCCCUCAGGCCCCGACCUUCACCCCAUCCCCCGUCCACAUCGAUUUUAAGGGCUCGGACACCUCGCUGUCCCCUCCCACCAGCAGAGCGUGAACUAGACGCUCCCUUACACCCACUGCCCAGUGGGGCUUCAUUUAGAGUCUUCCUUUCUCUGUACUGUUACUUCACCAAAGAGCCAGUGGGUGCUGUGGCGUAGCAUUCCAAAGCCCCACCCCUUCACCAGCAGCUGAACUUCUGCCUCUCCAGUUCAUGGCUAGUGAGCGACGCCCCCUGCAGGCAGGCAGCCACCAGCUGCACGCUGGGACAGACCUUCUUUUCCACACUUAAGGGCUACUCCUUUGCUUUUCGCCUCCUCCUUGUGGUUGGGGAGCUGAAAUGGUGCUUCUGUGGUCUUGGCUUCUUUGGCUUUGGUGCUCGUGCUCCUCGGGUUUUGUGUGGGCAUUCGCAUGCCAGUGUCCCCGUUCCCAAGGUGUGAGGUGUGUACGUAGUCUUUGAAUGCACACCCCAGCACCAAACGCCAGGCCCACCACAUUUCAGGAGUUCCAGGAGGCUUCACAGAACUGAUGGCUGUUGUUCCUCUGAUUAUCACAGUAAUAACAAGUCGGUAACUCUGGUCUCGAGGGGCUUGUUCGGAGCACGGCUUCGAACCCUGUGUGACCUGGGAUGUAGAACGUACAAGUGUGUUCCCUUUCUCAUCUUCAGAAGUAGUUUUAGAACACUUGCGUGCGAGACGCUGUGUCAUCGUUCUCACUCUUUCCCCAAAAUGUAGCACUGCUGCCAUUGAAGGCUCCGCACCCGAGACUAGAGGCGAGCACAGUCACUUCUGCUUGAGGUUUGUGGACAGGGAGGUUUACUGAAGCUAGACGCUGGGUUUGCAUGUCUAAAGUCACUGUUUGCUGGGGACCAAGAGAUGUCUCUACCUUCCUUACCUCUAAAUGUUUCCAUGUCUCUAGUCAGGUGUUUAUUGUGAUGAACAUUGAGACAGUAGAGCUGAGCAUUGUGUUUCCAUCACCAACCCGUUUUGAUUCAGAGAAGAAGGCAGUCAGGCGUGGAUAUUCCAGUUGAGUUCACUUCGAACUGGUCCUGUCGAUACCUGGUUUGUGUUCACCUCACUGUCUGGGGGGGCUGCGUUACGGCACCAUUCCACCAUAGAGUAGUAAAGGCCACCCUACCCUCUAGCUCUCGGUGGUAGUGUGACAUUCUUCUUGUGUGUCGCACUACGCCAGCAAUUCCAUGCGACAUACUUAAUGCGUGACAAGUUGCCUGGCGAGUGUGUGUAUGUAUGUGUGUGUGUGUGUUCUGGCAGAGGUGCCCUGGGAUCGCUCAGAGCUUUGCGGUGGUCGUGUGUGUUUAGAACAGGGUUGCAUUUGCAGCGUGAGAGUGAGACUUUGAGAUUGUUUUUAAAUCCGUGUGUCAUGGUCUCAGUGUUUGCUGAGAGUUGUUUUUGAUCUUUUGUAAAUAUCUGAUUUUAUUUUUCACGGUGAAGCUUCUUAAAAAUAUUUUGAUUGUAUUCUUGCUUUGGAUGGUGGAGCUGGCUCACUUGCAGCACCUUGUCUCAGGCGACUUCAGAGCUCGGGAUGUCGGCGCUGUUCCGUACAUCUGACGCCUGAGGCUGGUGCGAGUGGUGGGCAGAAUGACAUUCCGUGUUUUUGUUGCUGGCAUCUUUGUGUUGAGGGCACAACAGAUAACCUCUCUGUGUGCAUCACUGCUCCAUUUACUCCCGUUCUUGUUUGGGGCUGCUGGUAGAGCACAGCACCUUCCCGUGUGGCGUAGGGAAAACCGCUGGAAGCACGCUUUACAGUUCAGAGCCCUUCCAGCUGGACUCCCUGUGGUGUGUCCUGUAUAUUCACCACGUGUUCCUGGUACGCUAGUCACGUCCCUCCCAGGGGCCCUUUGGUUUCACACGAGCACUUUGAAAAGCAUUAUAUCUGUAGUGGAACCAGUUUCUCCUCCCUGUUUAUGAGCUGCAGGGAGUGGGUUUGCCAUCCUGUCCCACUUAGAGCAGAAUGACUUGGGCUAAUGGUUUCGUACGUACAUCUGCCUUAAUUAGGUAUAUGUUGUGUGCAUGUGCUUUAUUUAAUUCUUUGUCCUCGAAGGCUCAGAGACCACGAUUUUAUCUGUUCACCAGGCAGUGUUAGGAGAACGCUUAUUUCUGUGAAAGGAGCAUUAAAUGCUGGAUGGACUCUUUACUCUCAAAGCAUUCUAUUAAAACACCCAUGUAUAUAAAAUACCUGUGUGCGUUGUCCUAUC